AUGCAUAAGUUGGUUUCACACGAUCAUGGUGUUGACAAGUUGAUGCAUAAGCAGGUUUUGAAAUUGGUGAAACAAGUCGCAUUUUGGGUCUCAAGUCUCAAUUUGUCCGCAAGAAUUGAUAGAAUUGAUGUGAAGAACACUGAUGUUGUCAGAAAACUAGCUUCACAGCCAUACGACUCGCGACGCGUCUCGAAAUCAAGACUAGGCUGCUGUUCACCACAGGAUAGUGAACUUGCAAACUAUAACGAAGUACAGGGCUUUGAAGCGCUUGCACAAAAACUCUUCGAAAAUUUGAUAGAUGAAGAGCCACAGCUUUCAACAAUUUGUGUUGUCGGUCCUGGUGGAUCUGGAAAAUCCACCCUGGUAAAUUUUGUUUUCAAGUGGAAGGUUGUAGAGUUGUUUGAGUGCAAGACUUGGGUUCGUGUGACGCGUCGGCCACUUCCACCCAAGGAACUCCUGCAACACAUGCUGACUGAUUUUGGGUAUAAAAAUUUAGAAGAAAUCAAUGAUCCAGGAGCAAAAUUGAGACUUUUUCUGCAGCAAAGGAGGUAUCUGGUUGUCUUAGACGAUGUUUGGAGUAAACAAGAUUUCGAUUGCAUUGUAAAAGCGUUACCAAAUGGUGCUCCCGGAAGUAAGAUGAUAUUAACUAGUCGUAAUUCUAGUGUCGUCUCUUUUCUCUCCCCCAAGUAUAUCCAUGAUUUGAGUAGUGGGUUGUCACCUGAAGCGGCCAAGAAUCUAAUCACCAGGAAGGUUCUCCAUAAUCAUCUAGGAAAUUUGCAACCCGAGGUGGAGGAGUGCACUGAUAAAAUUCUUCGAUGGUGCGGGAACCAGCCCUUUGCAAUUUCAGCGGUCGGUAGUUUGCUAGCAGAGAAGCCACAAACUCGAGCAGAGUGGGAGGAUAUUUAUAACAAUCUUGGAUCUAAAACUGGACCGGGCUCUAUUCUUGAAAUUGUUAGCAAUAUUUUGCAGCCGAGUUUUAUGGAUCUUCCGAACCAUCUUAAAUCCAGUUUUCUGUACUUGAGCAUUUUUCCUCCCAACUAUGCCAUCCAGCAUGAGAGGCUAAUUCACUUAUGGGUUGCGGAAGGACUUGCGGAACAUUAUGCCCCUUCUUGGACGAGGGACAAUGUUUUAAAACGCUGA